UGUUCCUUAAUAUUUACUAACCAAUAUGUCAGCGCUCAUGAAGUGGAUCAGUUUAUGAAAACAACAUUUCUUAAUCGUGUUAACUCCUUAAGAAUUUAAUAUGGAGUCCUGUCGUUUGAAAGAAAGUUCUACUUCGGCAUCUUCUAUGACAUCAAAUCAAAGAAAGCGGAAGAAAUCAAAGAAAAGAUACGAAAGUAGCAGUUCGUCGGAGGAAAGUGACAGUGACAAUAGUUCUAGCGAUUCUUCUUCGUCAGACAGUGAUGACCGGUCUAGAAAACACAAGAAAAGUAAAAGAAAAAGGAAGCACAAAAGAUCUAGAAGUUCAUCAUCAUCUUCAUCAUCUCCUGUUAGAAAAAAGAAGAAAAAGAAAGACCACAAAAAGCAUAAAAAGAAGAAAUCAAAGAAAAAAUUAAAGAAAAGCAAAUCCAAUGAAAGACCUGACCUUCCAUCAAUGAAGAAUAAAAAUACAAGUAUCAUUGACAAGAAUCAUGGCCCAAAACCUUCAGGUAGUAGUGGUCCAUCUCCUCGUGUGAUGAAACCCAUGACCAAGGAAGAAUGGGAGAAACAGCAAAGUGUCGUGAGGCGGGUAUACGACCCAGAAACUGGACGCAAUAGGUUAGUCAAAGGUGAUGGGGAGAUUUUGGAGGAAAUUGUGAGUAAGGAGCGUCACAAGCAAAUUAAUAAGCAAGCAACACAAGGGGAUGGUUUGUUUUUUGCAACAAAGAUGGGAAUCAAUAAAAACUGAAUCACUUGCAGUCUUUUUUUUCAAAAACACUUCAAUAUUAAAUCAUUUGUACUAUAUAUGUUUCAUAGUACAUGUAUUACAAUUAAAAUGGAUAUUUCAAAUUUAUAUAGUCUUGUCAAAUUAAUUAACAUGGUUGGAAACUGUUAAUGAACUUACACUUUAUACCUAAGUGACUAAAUUUUGUUGUCAGUGAUUAGCUAACUCCUAAUAGAGUUACUGCAGUAUCUCCCCUUAAACACAUACAUUUUUUUAGUAACAUUUUAAAAUUUUAUUUAAAUCAUAAAUACACAAUACAAAUGUGAAUGUUAUAAACUGUUACAAAUUGAGAGAUAUUAAAUUAAGUGUACAACUCUGUAUUUUUUAUAUAAUCUUGUUAAGUUUCAAUAUGAAGGCAAAAUAAAUAUUCUUACUAUU